UCACAACUUCAUUCAGUUGAUAAAUUAAAAAAAAUUUAAUUACUAGACAUGAGCACCUAGCUAGAACAGCAUCUGAGCAAAAACUUUGAGCCUAUUGAGCGCCCACUUACACUUCACCUAAAAAGCUGAAAUUUCACGUGAGUAAUACAAAACACAUAUGCAACCAAUUUUUGAGUGGGGAACAACGGAAAUGUAAAAAUCCAAAAAUUGGACCACUAAUAUACAUAAAUCAUUUAUUAACACGUAUUACAACAACUACAUGAGAUCUUGCUUUUCAUCAGGAUCACGAAACGUGAUCUUGCUUUUCAUCAGGAUCACAAAUCGUGAUAUUGCUUUUUAUCAGGAUCACGAAUCGAAAUCUGAGAUUAGAUUAAAUCUCACUAAAAACAUAUAAAUACGCUUAAAAAUUAAUAUUUUUCACCUUAUUUGUGUAAAUAUUAUUAUUUAAAAAAAAAUUGCACCCAAAUAUAUUUGUUUUAAAUAAAACUGGAUUUGGAGGAAUUUUCCUAACUUUAAAAUGCACGACAAUUCUGGGCUUAUGUUGUUAAUACCAAACUCCAUAGAAUUUCGAGGUUCCCAUACACUUUUACUAUACUAUACCUGAAAUGCAUAAUUAGUACCUACUUUUUUAACAUUUUGGACCGAUAAAUGUUUUUCUUAUUUUUCAAACCAAAUCUAUUGAAUUUUUUGAUAAAAACAAGAACUCUAAGCCCCCUCCCUGCGUACGCUCUAGUAAUAAUCCAUUUGAAAAUUGAACCCAUUGUCAAUGCGACAAGAGGUCAAACAUACAUGAACUAAACAUAGUUGAAACGAAGUAAGAAUAACUUUCCUACAACACCUUCACUAUGAAAUUGUUUUCGGAAAACAAAGGGGUUCGGCAUUCGGUUCGUGCAUCUUCCCCUCAUUUAAUAUCACAUUGUUCAUUUUUCCCUGAACAAUCAUCACCCACCUGCCUCUGGCCAGCGACGCACUCCGUUCCACUAGAUAGGCCACGAAACGAUCGCAUUCAUUUGAUCUAGCAAAGCAUGGAAGAGGGUUUCUAUUCAUUGCAUGGGCCAUUGUGGUUAGUAUUUAGUUAGAUAACCAACAACUAACACCGACCCAAUUCGGAAGUUCUUACAGUUUACCAUUUUACCUACAUAAGUUGCUUUAUAAAACAAUUCGGAAAUGCACAUAAGGGUUGUGACGCUCCAAAAAUAUUUAGUGGAAAAACGCGCAACGAUAAAAACUGCGUUUAUUAGCCAAGUUUUGUAAAUAGUUAAUCGUGGACCUUAUUUCGGUUCGGGUAGAAACAACGUCAUAUUUUAAAAUGGGAAGAAAAUUUAAUCAUAUAUGUUUACUCAACUGUUGCAAUUUUAUGUUUUUGAUAUGCGGUGGGUUCUUGAUUUUUGGUGGAUUCUAUAUAUUCACCGAUACAAAAAGAAUAUUACUUUCACGUCUCUUAACCUCAACUAGUGACCAAUUCAACAGUUUACCCCAACCCUUAUUUUAUUAUAUAUCAUUUGGACUAGCAGCUGCUGGGACAAUAGCAGUUCUUGCUUCUAUAAUUGGAUUUUGGGCAUCAUGUCUGAACACAUACUGGUUCCUCGGCUUUUACUUUUCUGCAGUAGCCUUACUUCUUUUAGCUGAAUCGGUUGUUUGCCUCGCUUUAACUCUGUGGCCACAUUGCUUGGGUAUAAGUUUGGAUGCCAUUGAAAUGGUGAAAGCGUUGCAAGGAAAUUACGGUAUUCCAGGGAAGGAACAAUUUACGAUUGCAAUGGAUCUCGCUCAGACACGGUUCAAAUGCUGCGGCAUGAACAGUGAAAUAAAUUAUGAUACAUCUAUGUGGCGACUGCAGGGCUUUGGAACUCGAGAAUGGGUUGUGCCUUUAACAUGCUGCAUUCUUAAUAAUGAGCACGAGCCAUUGUCAUACCUAGAUCCAAAGCCAUUCAACCAAAGUCAGUGCGAAACUCUACAGAAAGUUGAAUUUUCAAAAUAUCGUCACACUAGUCCCUGUCUGGAGUAUUUAGAUAUGUGGUAUAGAGAACAAUAUUUACUAUUUUUUGGUGGAAGCCUUUUAGUUAUCAUAGUAGAGUUUUUGGUUCUAUUGAGUAUAAUUUUGACCUGCUCAAAAAUGUCUGCGAGAGCUGAAAGGGCAAAGGAUUUUUUAAAAAUAAAAACAGAAGGUGCAACAGCAAAUCAAGCCUUUGUGGAGAACAUUUAUGGUUCAGACAGUGCUAGUAAUGUUCUACGAGGAAGACAGCAGUUACCAAGUGAUUUCAAAGAAAUUUAUAUACAGCCGCAAGAUUUAAUGAAGAGCCGACAUAAUACAACUUUUAAGCCUGGACGAAGCCAAUAUCACGUCUCGACAAGAAGAUACUUUGUUUAGAAUUAUGAAUAUCAAAAACUAUGAUUUUUACAUGUAUUGAAUUAAAUAAAACAAAAUAAAAUACAUACUUCAAAAGUAUGUACAUACAUUUAUGUAGGUACUAUAAAUUUUGUUUG